AUGAGAUCUUGCCAGUCUUACGUCUCAACAAGUCAACCUCUCAUGCCGCUAUCAUCUCUCAUUCACUCAUGGACUACUCUCACAGCUCUUCUACGUCGCACAGCAACAGUGGUUAGAGCAAUCUCAUGUUUCAAAAAAGUACCUGGUUCAAAACUGAGCAUCUCACCUCUCACUCCUGCUGAACUACAAGCAGCUCUGGUUCAUUGGAUCAAAAUGACUCAGCAGGAACAUUUCUCAUCAGAAAUCUCAUCGCUAUCUCAAGGUAAAGCCCUCAAGAAAUCUCAUUGCUUCACCCGACUCACUGCAUUCAUCGACCAAGCUGGUCUCAUCAGAAUCGGUGGACACCUGCAAAACUCAACGUUGGAUGCAGACAGCAAACAUCCAGCGAUCCUUCCCAAGAAUUGUACGCUCUCACGUCUCAUCAUUGCAGAUUCUCAUAUUCGCACUAUGCAUGGAGGUACCCAAUUUACAUUAUCUCAUGUUCGCAAAAAGUGCUGGAUACUCGGUGGACGAGCACCAGUAAAAAACUUUAUUCAUCGCUGUCUCACCUGCGCGCGCAUGCGGGGAGUCAGAUCUCAACAGCUCAUGGGUCAACUUCCAUCUUAUCGGGUCUCACCAUCUCUUGUCUUCGAGAACACUGGAGUCGAUUACGCCCGUCCAGUGUCUCUGAAGUUCUAUCAAGGCCGCGGUACCAGAUGUUACAAGGGCUGGAUCGCUGUCUUUGUGUGCCUCUCAACAUCAGCCGUUCAUCUGGAGGUUGUCACUGACUACUCCAGUGAAGGCUUUCUCAAGGCAUUCCGCCGUUUCAAUAGUCAACGGGGAAUUUUCCGCACACUUCAAAGUGACUGUGGGACAAACUUCAAGGGUGCUGAUCUCAUUCUCAAGCAACUUCUCACCGGUGCUUUCAAGGAAUCAUCUCAUUUACAGCAGCAUCUCGCCAAUGACGGAACCCAGUGGUCAUUUAAUCCACCUGGGGCUCAACACAUGGGCGGAAAAUGGAAAGAUGCGAAAUGCUUACAAUCUCAUCAAUCGAUCUCAAAAUGGAACAAUCUCAUCACGAUAUAA